AUGUCGAGCGCCUCCGCAUACGCCAACCGCUCCUUAUCGGCUGCCAGACAGUCGGCCAGAUACAGAUUCAGACUCAGCUCGCCGCUGCUUGUUUCGCUUGCCGUGGCGGGAUCGGCUGCUUACGCCUACAACAGCAACAACAACAAUGGCAACGGCAAUGGUUCUUUCGUGAGCAAGGCCUUGUUCGGCUUCGGAGCCAGCAGCAAGGUGGCAACGAACGUCCGUGAGGCCUCCGCCAAGCACGACCAGGCCUACUACCAGAAGGUGUACAACGCCAUUGCACAGAAGCUGGUGGACGUCGACGACUACGAUUACGGCUCCUACGCGCCAUUGCUUGUGCGUCUCGCAUGGCACAACUGUGGGUCAUACGACCAGGACGACAACUCGCCUACAAAGGGCGGUUCGUACGCCGGAACAAUGCGUUUCAAGAAGGAACAGGGCGACCCAGAAAACAGCGGCCUCGUCCUCGGAAUGAGAUAUCUCGACUCGAUCAAGGACCAGUUCCCCGACAUCUCCCACGGUGACCUCUACACCUUGGGCGGUGUCGUGGGUGUCCAGGAGAUGGGCGGUCCAAAGAUCGCGUGGAGACCCGGACGUGUUGACUUGCCUAUCGACGUGACCCCUCCAUACCACAGAUUGCCCGACGCAUCACAGACCACGGGCUCCUACGUGAGAAGCGUCUUCACCGACAGACUGGGCUUCACCGACCAGGAGUUAGUUGUCUUGAUUGGUGUCGGCCAUGCCAUUGGCAGAUGCCACACCAAGAACUCCGGUUUCGACGGUCCUUGGACCUUCUCCCCAACCACCAUCAGUAACGAAUUCUUCAAGCUCUUGCUCAGCGAGGACUGGCAGUUCAAGAAGUGGGACGGCAAGAAGCAGUACGAGGACCAGGGCUCCCACAGCUUGAUGAUGUUGCCAACCGACAUGGUCCUCAAGCAGGACUCUAAGAUGAGGGAGUACGUCGAGUUGUAUGCCAAGGAUGAGGACAGAUGCAUGAAGGACUUUGCCGACGCCUUCAGCAAGCUACUCGAGAGAGGUAUCAAAUUCGACUCUAAGAAGAUGUACUUCAAGACUCUGGAUGAGCAAGGACUGGACUAA